AAAACUCACUUUGCUGAAUGCGCAGUCGUCAGUUUCAAAACUCCAUUUCCUUUUUGAUACCUUCACAAGUUCCCUCCUUUCUCCUUCACUCGGAUCCUGAAGUAAUUUCACCGGUCGCGGUCGCGGUCGCCGUGCAAAAUGAUGGAGAAAUUAGCCUUUCUUUAUCUUAUCUUGGCAGUGUCUUCAUUCCGCUUUUCCUCCUGUGAUGUCUCCGUUCAUGAACUUUCUUUAGUUGUGGGUGAGUCUACCUCACUACAGAUAUCACCAAGCUUAAGAGUGGAAAAUUCUCCUGGGUCUAAACCUGGUUCUGUUGUCUUAUCUCAACGUGUUCAUAUUCAUGGUGUUUCAAGACUCCGGAAUUUGAUAAAGUACCCUAACUCAUUGAAGUUGAUAGUCUUGCAUAAUAACACUGUUGCACGUUCACGUAAUGUAGAAGUGUGUUUCCAUAGGAAUCUUUCUCUUGCAAUAGGAAUGUGUACUCAAGGCAAGUGGGACAAACUUGUUGACGGUUCCUGGAUAAGAUCUAUGUCACCUUUUGACCAUAUACUCUUGGAUGUAAGGAUGGAAAGUUCCUCACAAGAUGUCAUUGACGUUUCAGUUGGGGAAGAAUUUCAUUUGUGGCGCGUCGUGUUUUUGAUCCUAGGGAUUGUUCUUAUGUCAUUAGCACCUCGUCUGAGCAAGUCUCUGGUUUUCUACUACAGCAGUGCAAUGACACUUGGUAUUCUCCUAGUUAUCUUGAUGAUCCUUUUUCAGGGUAUGAAGCUUCUUCCGACAGGUCGGAAAAGCUCUUUUGCUAUAUUUCUUUACUCGUCAAUGAUUGGCUUGGGAUCUUUUCUCCUUCAAUAUUUAUCUCGAUCGUUCCAAUCAAUUCUUUCGGAGCUUGGAAUCACUCAAGAUAUGUACAAUCCUCUGAUGUGGGUACUGGUCGUCUUCCUAUUGAUAAUCGGAGCUGCUAUCGGCUUUUGGAUGGUUAAAAUGUGUAUCUUGGCUGAAGAUGGUUUAGUUGACUUAAAUGUUGCUCAUUUCGUUAUGUGGUCAAUCCAAGUUAUUGCUGCUGCUAUGAUUCUUCAGAGUUCCUUGGACUCUAUACUUGCAGCUGAGGCACUGUUGUGUGGGAUAUUGAUCUCCCUGUUUUUUAGGAAAAUAUUUAAACAAAUACUCUUCCGUCACUUCUACAGACGCAAAGAUCAAAGGCCUAACAAUUACAGAUAUUCGACUCCCCAUCCAAAAUCUGUCAUCAAGGAUUCCAGCAUUGAAAGGACAUCAACUAGUGAAAUCUCAGAUUCAGACACUUUCUACUCCACCUUCCAUAAGACUCCUGAUCGUCGAAAGUUGUCAAAGGAUGAGUGGAAAAAGUUGACGGAGGAAUCGACUAAGAAGGCAAUGAAAGAACUGGUCUCGUCUCCUGAUUUCAGCAAGUGGGCUGUCGCCCAUGCAGAUCGAUUGACUUUGACUCCUACAAAAGAAGUUCACGAUAAUCGUCGUGGGUGGUUCCCAUGGUCUUGACAAAUAUAUGCUCAUUCUUAUUCCAAUGUCGAUAAUACUUUAUUUCAUGGGUAAUACAGUAAUAUAUAUUAUUCCUCGGAUUGGUUGAGUUGAUGCUCAAAACCAAAGCCAUUUAGGGUUCUGAUAUUUAGAAUGAUUUUGUUUGUAUUAGAUUAUGACACAAUUUACAUUAAUAGUUAGUCUUAUUAGUAAAAACAGUUUUUAUUAAAGGUAAUUGA